AUGGCCUCUGUUACAUGUAAUAAUUCUGGGGAGGCACAACUUCGAGUCCCUGACUCAUCCGAGAUGUUAACAAUAUCAUCGGUCUCUAUCAAUGAUAAUAACACUCCUAAGACCAACGACCCUGGUAUCUCUAAGAUCGAAAAUAAUAAUACUUCAAAAACGAAUAAUAACGUUCCCAAGACAGAUAAUAACACAUACAUGACCGCUAAUCCCACGUAUAAAUGGGGCGUUCGUUUCCUUAUUGCAGAACAAUGGCUCUUCGAGCCUACUGCUUUGGUCUUAUGCACACGUUUAACUUUUAUUCCCAAACUAGAUGUGAAUAAAUUACUUGAAUCGCUAUCAGAAGAAUCUGAUUCAGAUAUAAAACGCUUUUGA